GGGAGUUGUGAGACUUCCAUUUUCAAACCUGAGACGAAUGAGGAGACGAUGUUUUUCUUUGUUUACUUUAAGUUUUAUGUUGUUAAAGUUCUGUAGCUUUCGAGAAUAUUUCAUUUUGUGAUAAACUACGAUAAGAAACGAUGGAUUCAACAGAAGACGACAUAUCUGCUCGGGUUUUGUUGAGGAGAGUUCUGCACACAGAGUUACCAAGGUCUCCUGUAACCAGAAGUGCAACAAUUGUACGGCGGAGCAUGAGGCUGAAAAACACCCCUGGACUGGAGAGUCCUGGAUCUGCCUUACGACACAGACUCAAGAAGAAGCUCCAUGAGAGUGCCUCCCUGUCACCCCUCCCUUCACCUAAACGGCCAAGGUCAACGGUGCCAAAUACGAACCCUCCUGUGACGGUCCCGUCCCCAGUGUAUGAUGAGGACAUGACCACUCGUGGUCUGCUCAGGGGGAUCAUUCAGAUGGAGACCGAAGCGUCACUGCUGAUGUCUGGUCAGCCUGCACUUCAAGCAUCAGAGCCGAAUCCAGCCGAGGCCAGUAUGUCCAGCGCUGGAGAGAGAACUGAAGGUCUGUCUGGAGUGGAGCUGUCUGAUCUGACUCUGAACACUGAACCCCUGACACAUGUGGUCAGAGGACUGAGCCGCAGGAAACUGCAGCGCGCCUUCAGUGCGUCAGCGUUCGAGAAACAGUUAGAUCAACUGCCAGACAACACAGAGGACGUCUCGCAUGUCUCUCAUAAAGGUGAUAUCUCUGAGGAGAAAGCUGAUGCAUCUCAAGAUUUAGAUUGGUCUUCUGGCUCAAAAAGUGGCCUGAACCUGACCUUGAAGACCCCAUUUGUAGAGAAGCGCAUUGAGAGGGUAGGGCUUCAGAGGAAGGUGUCCAAUCGGAGGCUGCCGUCUGUGGAUGCAUUUGAUGAGGCCGUUCAGAGAUGCUUGGAGCAGGGUCCCAGCCAAGAUCACUCUGUAUUUCAGGAUGGAAAAACUCUAGAAGAUUCUUCCUGGCAGAAGUUCACACUCUGCCUCAAUGAUGUCACAGAGCUUUACGUCCAGCCUAAAAAAGACGACACAGUGGGACCGUCUGCAGAGAUGGAGAGGGAUGCAGAGUACGAGAGAGAACAUGAGCUUGAGAGAGCCAGUGAAAUUCCCGACUCAGGACCUUUAAUUCAAGGAGGAAAAGAUCAUGAGUUGGAAUCACAGGAUGAUGAUGAGGAAGAUGUGGUGCCUUCAUCCCAAGAGGAUGUGUUUUUGAGUCCAGAAGAUGAUAUUGUACUUGCUCCAACGCAGGCAAUGACAGAAUCACUUCCUGAAUCUUGUGAUGUGGAGCUACAAGAUCGAGAAUUUGUGGAGGAAGUUGAGAUAGGGAACGUUGUGGAAAUUGAGGAUCAGAAAGUUGUGGAAAUUGAGGAUGACAGCAUUGAGGAUGAGAAUGUUGUGGAAGAUGAGGAUGAGAAUGUUGUGGAAGAUGAGGAUGAGAAUGUUGUGGAAGAUAAGGAUGAGAAUGUUGAGGAAAUCGAGGAUGAGAAUGUUGAGGAAAUCGAGGAUGAGGAGGUUGAGGAAGUUCAGGAUGAGAAUGUUGAGGAAAUCGAGGAUGAGGAGGUUGUUGAAGCUAAACAUAGAACAGAGAACCCAGACACCUCACAGUAUCUAGAGCGAAUAACUCGUAGAGCUCACCGCUCAGAGGGAGGAGGCUCUGUCUUGGGAAUUCCAGCUGCCACGAGAGUCACAAAGAGUUUUGGAGCUGGAUUGAACCCCAGAGAGAAAGAUCUUUUGGAUUUUAUCGACGGGAACAGAGACUUACAGGACUUUUCAGAUGAAGAAAGAGAACCACUGGGCAGCCCUGAGUUUCCUCAGCUCCAUCCUGCAGCAGAGCUCAGCACACCAGAGCAGAGGUCACAGCAACAUGAGGCUAGUCUGGCUGAGGAAGAUGUGCCAGAGCUUGAAGAAGAUGAUGACGCCCCAGAAGAACUGAACCAAUCAGAGGAGGAGGAGGAGCUGAUGGACUCUGGGUCAGCCAGUCAGAGCCCUGAACUUCCACAGGAAGAGGAAGAGGAGGAGGAAGAGGACGAUGAUGACGACGCUCUUAGUGCAGAACUGUCCAUGAAAACUCCUGCGUUUGUAAGACAGAAGAGAGUUUUCACAAGUUCUAUUGCGCAGGCUAUGCCAACAGUCCUUAAAGAAGUGAAUGCUGGUCCUGCCACUCAGGUUGCCAAACGAGCCCCCAGACAGAAGCGUCAGACAGGGGUUGAUGUUCUUCCCAAGAGUUACGUCAUGAGUAUGUUCAAGCACUUCGCCAAAACCAGGGUGGCCAGUGACAUCUACCCUGCCAUUAAUGAAAUUCUUAAGAAGUACUUCGAACGGCUUGCAGACGAUCUGGAAGCGUACACUACUCAUGCCAAACGUAAAACUAUUGAGGUUGAAGAUUUUGAGCUCCUCAUGAGAAGGCAGGGCUUUGUGACAGACAGCACGCCUGUCAAUAUACUGAUAGAGAAAUAUCUUCCACUGGAGUAUCGGAAACUUCUCAUUCCGGUGGCCUCUAGCGGAAACAAAGUUAUCCCAAAACAAAGAAGGUGAACAUGCAGAUGUGACGGCCAUCUUUAAUCACUGGAGAAGGCGGCUUCGCAUAUCUGCAUGUGUUCUUGUAAAUUUGUUCAUAUGUUCAAAACAAUAAAUGCCUUUAUUUGUAAAUAAGGAUUUGUGUAAUAUAUAUCUGCUAUUUGUUGCAGCACCAUUAAGAAAAUAAGCUUUCAGUUCUUUGUAUUUUUUAGCAAUUUAUGUAUAUUUUCCAAAACAAAAAUUAAAAA